AAUCAACUAUCCUCACACGCAGUGUUCGCUUUGUAUACGAUGCUGACACUCCACGCAACAAUAAGUCAAGCGAAAUCAUACAUCUGUGCACAUGUUCAGAAGAAAAACAACAUUCGAAGAUAAAUAUUUCUAAUCAUGAGCAAAUGGUUAGUGAUUGGUAUAUCUGGUGUUAGUGGAGGAGGUAAAACCACAUUAGCAAAAUCGCUAUAUGAACUAUUGAACAACAAAAAGGAAUAUAACCAAAUAGAAGAAUGUCACUUAGUCCAUCAAGACGAUUAUUUCCGUCCAAUAGAUUAUGAAAACCACUUAUGGAUGCCAGAGCUAAAACACAUCAACUGGGAUGUAAUGGGAGCUUUGGACAUGGACAGAAUGGUCGAUGAUUUGAAAAAAAUUCUCAAAAAUAGUUCAAACAAAUCAUCCAAUCCAGUUGUAGUGGAAACUGAUAAAGUCAAUAUUCUAAUUAUUGAAGGUUUUUUGAUACUAAACCAUAAAGAAGUUAGGGAUAUCUGUGAUUUAAAAUUCUAUUUAGAUUUGAAUAAAGAACAAUGUUACGACAGAAGAAAAGAUAGAGUUUAUGAUCCUCCGGAUGUACCUGGAUAUUUUGACCAGGCUGUCUGGUCUGGACAUUUAAGAAAUAAGUCUGAAGUUCUACAAUAUGAUGUAGAAUUUUUGGAUGGGAUGAGAAAAGAUUUAUUGACACAUAUCAAACAGUAUGUAGAUUACUUGUUAUCAUAUAAUUAA